AAAGAAAAUGGAACACAAGGUGAGGUUCCUCGCCAUUAAAGCCAAAUUUUUCAUGGUGCCCAGCUCCGAAUUACAGAGGCUUUAGGUUUCAGUGGGCAUCCUCUUCAUUUCUCCGCCAGAAAAGCCAUCUGGCGAGCGAGGAUCUACGGCGGGCAUGGACUGAAUUGGUAGGGUUGUUUAUCGAAAUUUGUCCGCGGUUUUUUCUCAUUCGACUAGCAUAAGAUCUGAAUUAGCUCCCUAGGUUUUUUCAGGCACCUGCAUUAAAAUUCGGUCUGAAUGAUCGAUUUUUCUCUGUUUCGUUGUUUGAUUGUUGAAUUGAAGGCCAUUGUGGAUUCCCUAGAAUUUUGAUUUACGUGCGCUUGUUGGUUGAUCCGAUCCCUCGCGUAAUUGCGUAGGUAAUUGUAAGGUUUCAUUAUUUGAAUGAAUGGAUUUUUAGUUCAGUUGGAAUUCAGGAGAGUCGGAUUGCCAUAUACAGCUCAUUUGUUGUUCGUUUGAAAAGAAAAAUUAUUCCCUCCAUCUUCCUUCUCGUACUCAUCCUUGGUGUAUAGAAGACAUUGAGUGCGGGGCUCGGAUGUGCGUGUUUCUCGCGGUGCUUGUUAGUUCAUAUAUUCGGGUGGAAUUGUGUAGAUAUGCAGCAGAGUGAGGGCCUCUCUAGCAAUAGUUAUGAAAAUGAUAUUUCUUCGUCGUCUUUGAGGCUGACAACGCCUCAGAAGUCUAUUAGGCGAUUGGGGCUGUGCUCGCAAAUAGCAACUGGCGGACAACACUCCUCGCCUAUCGUCUUCCCUGAGAAGCGCAGCAAGGCCAAGUCUUCUUCCAGGCGAGGGAGUGAGAUUCAUUCCUCUAUCCCCAAGUUCACCAUGACCUCCUGUGAUGAUCUCGACAAGCCGAAGAGCUUCGAACACAGGAUUGACAUUGGUGGAGGAGAUGAAAAGUCGGAUUUAUUGGGCUAUACGGUAUUCUCGGGUAAGCUAGUUUUGGAUAAGAGAAAGAAUUCGGACAAGAAUACUUCUGUUGACACUGGUGUAGCCAAUCAAGAAGGUUUUGAUGCUAAACUUACUAGCACGGCCUUGGUAUGGGGUUCUCACAUGCUACGUCUGGAGGAUGUCAUUUCAGUCUCGUACAAUGUUGAUCUCAGGCAUUUUACAAUUCAUUCAUAUCCACUGCAGAAAGGUCCUCGUGGUCUUUCUUGUUUUGUGAAGGCCAGGAGAAAGCAAAUAGAUUAUCGCUUUUUGGCUUCCAGCGUUGAAGAGGCAGUUCAGUGGGUUGGUGGUUUUGCAGAUCAGCACUGCUAUGUAAACUGUUUACCUCACCCCUUACUGUCAUCAAAGAGGCAGGCAUCUUCAGAAUUAAUUCCGGUUGAUAUACCUCCUGAAUUACUUUUCAAAUGCAAGAAUCCACCAAAGAUGCUUGUGAUAUUAAAUCCACGCUCUGGACGGGGUCGGUCAACUAAAGUUUUUCACGGGAUUGUUGAACCAAUAUUUAAGCUUGCAGGGUUCAGAUUGGAGGUGGUUAAAACGACAUCUGCAGGCCAUGCUAGGAAGCUCGCAUCUAGUGUUGACAUAAGCAGUUGCCCUGACGGAAUUAUUUGUGUGGGAGGUGAUGGGGUUAUUAAUGAGGUUUUGAAUGGUCUAUUAAGUAGAGACAACCAGAAGGAAGGAAUUUCUAUUCCAAUUGGAAUAAUUCCUGCAGGUUCUGAUAACUCGUUAGUUUGGACUGUUCUUGGAGUUAGAGAUCCAAUUUCCGCUGCAAUGGCUAUUGUGAAGGGUGGUCUUACUGCAACCGAUGUUUUUGCUGUUGAAUGGAUCAAAUCAGGUGUUAUCCAUUUUGGGUUGACAGUCUCAUAUUAUGGAUUUGUCAGUGAUGUGUUGGAACUUUCUGAAAGGUAUCAGAAGCGAUUUGGUCCUCUACGUUACUUUGUUGCGGGAAUCCUCAAAUUCUUAUGCUUACCGAAGUAUAGUUUUGAAGUGGAAUACCUUCCUGCAUCAUUAGAGGAUGAUGGAAAAUUCUCUGCUGAGCGUGAAGUCGUAGACAUGUCAGAUUUAUACACAGAUAUAAUGAGGAGAUCAAUCAAAGAUGGCAUCCCCAGGGCCUCUAGUUUAUCAAGCAUUGAUUCAAUAAUGACUCCUAGUCGAAUGUCUGGUGGAGACUUGGAUACAACCUGUAGUAGCACUCGUGCUAGCACUGAACCAUCCGAGUAUGUGCGUGGUCUUGAUCCUAAAUCCAAGCGCCUUUCAUCAGGAAGGAGCAAUGCAACAGCAGAGCCCGAAGUUAUUCAUCCACAGCCACCCUUUUCAGCUACUCCCAACUGGCCAAGAACCAGGUCAAAGUCCAGAACAGACAAGGGAUGGACUGGUUUGAUAACCACACAAGAUACCACUAGAUGUUCUUGGGGCAGUGUAAAUAAUGACAGAGAGGAUAUAUCUUCAACACUGUCUGAUCCGGGUCCGAUUUGGGAUGCAGAACCAAAGUGGGAUACUGAGUCUAAUUGGGUCGUCGAACAUCCAAUUGAAUUGCCAGGUCCAACAAAUGAUGCAGAAGAAGGUCCAACAGAGCAAGUUGUGCGUGUGGUUGAAGAUAAAUGGAUCACUAAGAAGGGGAAAUUUCUUGGAAUCAUAGUUUGCAACCAUGCUUGUAGAACUGUUCAGAGUUCUCAAGUAGUGGCCCCAAGAUCUGAGCAUGAUGACAACACUCUUGACUUGCUUUUGGUUCAUGGGAGUGGACGACUUAGGCUGUUGCGAUUUUUUUUGCUGCUUCAGAUCGGUCGACAUCUUUCACUGCCAUUCGUUGAAUACGUCAAGGUGAAAUCGGUGAAGAUUAAACCUGGUAAGCAUUCACGCAGUGGGUGCGGCAUUGAUGGUGAGCUUUUACCCCUCACUGGCCAAGUCGUUUCGUCUUUGCUUCCAGAACAAUGCAGACUUAUUGGUCGAUUUCCCGGCCAUCACGUAUAACCAAGUAAUCCUCUUAUCUGAAAUAUUUUGAUAUGCCACUGACUGAUCAUAGAGUUCCCGUUAACUGAGUCGUUUUUCGUCAUGUGGUUGUGUAACAUGCAGCUCAAUCCUUUAUAGCAUAAUAGAGAAUCUUUGUGCAUUAUUUCCUACCCAUUCCCAUCUCACAGUUCUGUUCUUCCUUCGAACAAAUUGAGGUCUCUGUAAAUCUUUUGUUCAGAAAACACGUCGGGUCGCCUUUUGCCCUGCAGUUCUAUCCCCUCUUGAAUUCCCCUGUUGUGUAUUUUUUACCCCCAUCAUGUCUGUUCAUUGUACAAGCGUGACAAGCUUCACACUCAGCUCCCCGAUCCACUCGAUUUAGUUCUAUUUACAUUCUUCACAAGUUUUCUGGAGAUACUUAUAUUGUAUAUACGUGAUUGUGAACUUUUUUGGUCUGCCCUUCUCUCCUACUUUCCAGCCCUACCCCUUCGAUGUUCUAGUUAUGUCUAUAUCAAUCCUAGUGAGUUCCUAAUUAGUUAUUAGCGAUUGAAAAUGUCGAGUAGCGUGUCGAUGAACUAGUUUGAAAUAUAGUUGACAUAUUUCUUGGUAGAUCUGUAUGGUUAAUAUCAUUUGUUCAGCUGGUUUCUGGUUGAUUAAUAUUAUGUGGACUUGAAAGGCUUUGAU